AUGGCUACGGCCAUCUGUGAGCUUGAGCAUGAAUGGCCAUGGCCAAUGCUAGCUGAGAGUUGGAGCCCACGUGGCAGAACUGUUGGUGCCGCGGUAGCGAUAUUAGCCAUUGUCUCGUUUGUCGUUUGGAGAUGGAGGAGAGGGGCAACUGUAACAACAAAAGUAGUGGAGGGUUCACUGAUAGCCUUUGCAUACCGGGACUUGCAAGUAGCAACAAAGAAUUUCUCAGAGAAGUUGGGUGGGGGUGGGUUUGGUUCAGUUUUCAAAGGAACAUUACCUGAUUCAAGUCACAUAGCGGUCAAGAAGCUUGAAAGCAUAAGCCAAGGUGAGAAGCAGUUUCAAAUGGAAGUAAGCACAAUCGGCACUAUCCAGCAUGUGAAUCUUGUUAGGCUUCGCGGAUUCUGCUCUAAAGGUGACAAGAGGCUGUUGGUCUACGAUUUCAUGCCAAAUGGUUCCUUAGGCUAUCAUCUCUUUCAUAGAAAUGAUUCGAAGACUUUGGAUUGGAAAACGAGGUACCAAAUUGCUUUGGGAACAGCUCAAGGUCUGGCUUAUCUCCAUGAGAAGUGCAAAGAUUGCAUCAUACAUUGUGACAUCAAGCCAGAGAACAUCCUUCUAGAUGCUGAAUUCUGUCCAAAAGUGGCAGAUUUUGGCCUGGCAAAGCUUGUUGGCCGAGAUUUCAGCAGGGUGUUGAUGACCAUGAGAGGCGCAAGAGGGUAUCUUGCACCAGAGUGGAUCUCUGGAGUGGCCAUAACAGUAAAAGCUGAUGUUUAUAGCUAUGGGAUGAUGCUUUUUGAGUUUGUGUCAGGAAGGAGGAACUUAGAGCUAUCGGAAAAUGGGGCCAUCGAGUUCUUCCCAACAUGGGCUGCUAGCAAGAUAGCUAAAGGAGGUGACCUGCUUGAUCUUUUGGACCCAGACUUGGAGAAAAACGUUGAUACUGAAGAGCUAAAUAGGAUAUGCAGAGUUGCUUGCUGGUGUGUCCAAGAUGAGGAAACUCACAGGCCAUCGAUGGGGCUGGUUGUUCAAGUACUCGAGGGGUUGUUGGAUGUGAACCUGCCCAGGAUACCGAGAGCCCUUCAACUGCUUCUUGAUAAUCAGGAGCAUGUAGUUUUCUUCACUGAGUCGUCAUCAUCGAACCAGAAUUCCCAGAUGAGGAGUAACACCUCAACUGCUUCCCUGCAGAAGCAAAAUAGUUCAUCUUCAACAAAGUCCAAGUCUUGA